GAUACACACACAGAGAGAGAGAGAGAGAGAGAGAGAGAGAGAGAGAGAGAGAGAGAGAGAGAGAGAGAGAGAGAUACAGAGACACAGAUACACAGAGAGAGAGUGAACAUGGCUGCGGUGCUGUGCGGUGCAGGAGGAAGAUGCGGGAGCGCGUGCUGGCAGAUGCUCCUAUUCGGCUCGACCGCGCUCGUGAUCCUGGCUGAAAGAGCCGCACUGAUAUACUGCUUUGCCUUCUACCUGUGGAAGGAGCAGUUGUUGUGGGCGGGGCUGACCUUUGCCCUGUUGUUGCCAGGGGCAGUUGUGCAGGUGCUGAGUUUUAUGUGGUACCGGGCAGAUGGAGAGCAGCGAACGUGUCACCUGCUCAUCAUACACACACUUCACUUGGGCAUCUUUAAAAGAUUGUGGGACUGCAGCAUGUGUGUGUGGCGCUCUCAGUCUCAGGCUCAGCAGGUGAUGCAGCAGGUGGACGUGGCGGCGUUGCGUUUGCUCGAUGUUCUGCUGCUCACCCUCCCACAGGCGCUCACACACACCUACGUUCUCACAGGAGCCGAGUUUAGCCUGGCGUCACCUGUUGCAUUGUGCAGUGGUGUGUGUGUGCUGUCCUUGUCCUGGGCGUUGGUGUUGUACAGUCGGGCGUGUUGUCUGGCACGUCCCGGUCAUUUGCUCAUGCCCCCAGCUGCCCUGCUGUGCCAGCUGUUGUGGAGAGUGGGGCUUCUGAGUGCACGCUUCACCAGCCUCGCCCUUUUCACCCGCUCCUUCGGAUGCUGGGUUAUCGGCGUUGUGGGUUGCCAUUGGCUGAUUGCAGCGUUCUGGUUGGUCUCUCAGCAGACUGAUAUCUGCGCAGGACAGUGGGCUUGGCGUGGGUUCAACCUGGUGUUGGGUGGUGUGCACGUCUUCCUGUUCCUGAAUGUGAAGGACGGUCCGUCUCGCUACCGCAUGGCUGGCUUUUACACGGUGAUGCUGUUGGAGAAUGCCACACUCGUCCUGGCUGCCUCCGACAUCCUCACUGAGGCAUCAUGGGAAAGCCUGGGUGUCCCCACUGGUGUCUUGUGUAGUUUCCUGCUGGGUCUAACGUUUCUGCUGCUUUACUAUCGUUUCCUGCACCCGAAGUCCACCGAGAUCUCACACACACUGCAUCAUGGAGCUCAGGCAGGCAGCGCCUGUCUCGAUCAGGGUGACUCUUCUUACUCGCUGGCUGACAAGAGCCUAGCUGAUCCCUCUCUUCGUCCUCCGCUCUCCUCCUCCCAUCCGUCCUUCUCUCUGCUGGAGCACCCGGGGAGCUGCGGGGCGAAGGCAGGCGCCGAGUGCCGCCACCACCACUGGCUCCUCGUGCGUCUGGCACUGAAAACCGGAGACCCAAACAAAAUUGAGCGUGCUUUCGGUGCCAGAGGAGCGAUGGGAAUUGUGAGCGAAGAGCAGGACGAUGACUCGGGAGAGAAAGAAGAGGAAGGAGGAGAGGGGAUUGACAUAAAGGAUGAAGACGACACGUUGGCCCCUCUGUCUGACUGCAAAGACGAGUUCGAGAGUGUAAGCGAGGCGAGGGAAGAUGGAGAAGAAGAGGAGGCAGAUGUGGACGUUGGGGAGGAAAUUGACAGCGUGGACUCCGAAUGGAAGCGAAGCUCUCCAGAGGGGAAGUCGGUGUUCGGAGAUAGUCCCGAGCCGGAUUACUGCCCCACCGAAUCCAGCUCCACGCUCUAUUUCAGUGCAGACCCACAAUCCCCAAGCAGCACCAGCGACCCCCGUCUGGACCGAACUGAAGUUCCUGGAUCCCACCUGACGGGCCCACGUCGUCACCUAAUCCUCUCCGCCAGAGGCCUGGAGGAUGACACGGGGUUCUGACCUGCUUCAAACCUGGACUUUGUGGAUUUGUUCAAAUGCAAACAUUACAUCAAUUCUAGUCAAUUAGCCCAGACUGGGUACGAGGAUAAAGCCGCUAACAUCGGUCUCGCCCAAAAUCUUUUGUGUAAUAUUUGCCUCGAAUUGUGCCAUAUGUGUCGAUUAGGAUGCAGUCAUACUUUGUGUCAUCUACAAACGUAAACCGAACUGCACUGUGUAGCUGAAGCCUGAAAGGCGGCCAUCUUGGACUGAUCCGGAAACUUCUUUUUAAUUCAACACGCCGAACGACACGCCAGCUAACCUCCACCUCCCAGAAUUUUGAAGGUGGUGUGUGAUGAUUAAACCUCAUAUCAUUUGAAGCAGCACUGGUGUUGCUGGAAAAGAUUUUGGACGAGACUUUGAUCAAUUCUUAGCCAAAUUAGCGUUUUAGCUUCACUGCAAAACUACUUACUGUAGAUGAUCGACUGGGACACAUCUGUUUACUUUUGGGGGAACGAUCUUAUGGGAUGUUUCUGAAAAAUUUCAAGGGUGAGCGUUUAAAGUGACGUUGUAUUUAUAGCAUCGUAAACGGUUUGUUUUGUGUGUGUGUGUGUGUGUGUGUGUGUAUCAAAGCACAAACAUUGUGGCUGAAACACGGCUCGGCUGAAAUACAGUUUCAUGUCUAGGUUCGUCACUAGGGGGCGUUAAGCUUAAGCCGAUCGCCAUAGUUACCCAGGCUGGUGCGAUGAUGUCUUCCCUUAUAAGUGAGAAGGAAAAAAAUAGAUUUGUAUUCUCCUUCACUCUGUCAGCAGCCUGCACCAAUCACGUCACGUUGCUUCUUAUUUGCAUGAAGAUAGACCACACCCACUUUAUUUCCUCCAAUGAUCUUACAGCUUCCUGUUGCUGGAAUUCAACAGCUUUUUUUUCUUGCGAAUAAACUCCAGGCUGGACUUUACAGCGGAGUGACGGUUAAUAAUCCUAAUUAUUUUUAUUAAUCUUGUGCAUUAAAGAUUUUGUUUGCAGUUUUACGAUCAUCGAUCCGGCAGUCAGGGCUGAGAGAACAGAAGCCUCUUUAUAAACGCUCUAUUAAAUAUUUAUGAAGUACAUUCGGUUAUAUAUAUCACGUUACAUGCUCACAUUUCAGCGGAGGUUUAAUUAAGUAGCCUAUAAGAUUCAAAUCACGAAGCAAACAGCUAUCAGAAUAAUGACUCAGUGAUUCAUACACACAUCGCACCGACUCCACACGCUGCGGAAGCAAACCACUUUUUUUUAACGUUGUUAUUAAGCUCAGGUUUUCUUUUUCUUUCCACACGCAGAGCUGCGGAACGUAGAAAAUGAUCCGGUCGUUCAGCUGAAACGAUACAUCAGGAAACAAAGCCUUCCUGACGCACUGUCAAGUGAAACUGAGCCGACAGAAGAGUUAUUUUAGUUUUAGUCUCGUCCUGCUGGGACUCUGAUGCCAUUUUUAAUCCCCUGGAAAAAAAAAAACUUCUCUUGAAAUAGCCGCUCUGGAUCAGCGCUCAGUUUGGAACCGCUAGAAUCGGACACGGUCGAUUUCUUCGUAUCAGGACAAUUAUAACAGACUGGAUAUGUUUUGUCUUGAAUAUCCAGCUGAGAGGUUUUCUUUCUCCUUUGACCCUUAGUGAACUUCUCGGCACAGGCGUUCUCACAGGGCUAAUAUUCACCGCUUGCUGUAAAACGGGUAUUUGUGUAUCUACCUGUAGGUCCAGGUGCAGGCGACGAGCAUCAGGUUUCGAGCAUAAAUAUCAGCUUUGCAAAAAAACGGACGGAAACCUGACAAGACCGUCGAAUACGUCGCCGUUGUGUAACGUAACUAAUUGGCUCGUUUGAUUUGGAUCUUUUAUUCAGAGCAGGUUGUAUAAGUGGUAUAAUGUCGACAUCAUUCAGGGAACUCGUAUCAAGAGCUUAAUAUUGGUCAGUUAAUAAGUCUUAAUGAAAGAAUUUGUUUUUUUUAUGUGGGGAAGAGUGAUACCGUUUAUAUAAAUACUGUGUAAAACCCACGGAAAACCCGCAGAAACUAUCCUAUGAGAGUAGAUGUACAAGUCAGUAUGGUGGAAGGUUGGAUCGUGUUGGAGUUGCGCUUAUUCGUGGAUUUGAUUGGUUAGGGUAAGGUCUGUCAGAAAUGUCUGAUCUCUGGUCCAGAGUCGAUCUGGGACCCGGACGGUUGUUUUCCGCUGUUUUGGUUACAAACAUACGAGUCCUUCAGGAAACUCGGAUGGGACCGGAUGUAAGGCGAUCAAUACAGUACUGAUCUAAGCCAGAUGUAGAGUUUGUGCUCUUUGUCGUUUCCUCUCAGCGCUGUACAAAUAACUCGCCGUGAAAUUGUUUUAGUUCCUCAGUUUUGGACACCUGUACAGAUUACGUCUGCCUCAUAAAACAAGCAUCUUCCUAGCUUUCCUUCUUUCCUACUUCACACGAUGUAUCGGGAUGACCCGGAUGUUUCGAUCCAAAACGAUAUGCUAGCUUGCUAGCUAAACCUCAGGUCUUACUUAGCGGUUGCUAGCAAACAAAUAAAAAAUUAUUGGCUACUACGUACAUAAUUGGGGUGGUCGUGGCCUGAUGGUUAGAGAGUCUGACUCAUAACCUGUAGGGGGUGGGUUUGAGUCUCGGGCCAUACUCAGAAUUUGUUCUCUGCAUUUAACAGAGCAGUGGGAUGCCAUUUAUGCUGAGGUGCCCUUGAGCAAGGCACCGAACCCCCCCAACUGCUCCCCGGGCGCUGCAGCAUAAAUGACUGCCCACUGCUCCGGGUGUGUGUUCACGGUCUGUGUGUGUUCACUGCUGUGUGUGUGUGUGCACUUUGGAUGGGUUAAAUGCAGAGAACGAAUUCUGAGUAUGGGUCACCGUACUUAGCCGUAUGUAACGUCACUAUUAACAUUGACCAGACAAACUGAUUUAAUUUAAACAGUGAGCAAUACGGAGUAGUGUUUAUUACCUAGCAUCACUCACUCAGCUGUAGCAGAGAACAAUGCUAAAGCGACGUAGCAGUCAGUGUUAAAACCAGAUGAUAGAUGUUUACAAGGACUACAUGAUGCAGGAAUGUACAUAUCAAAUACACGUGUGUGUGUGUGUGUGUGUGUGUAUGUGUGUGUGUGUGUGUGUGUGUGUGUGUGUGUGUGUGUGUGUAUGUGUGUGUGUGUGUGUGUAUGUAUAUGUGUGUGUGUGUUUGUGUGUGUAAAGAUCCUGAGAUCCUGGUGUGAUGCACUGACCAGCCACUGUUGCUUUAUUUCUUUAUCCUGCGACUGUGAUAUUUAAUAUCGAACAGUGUUUUGUGAGUAAAUAAUCCUCAGUGAUUUGCAUGCAGUGUUUUUUUUUUCUUCU